AUUAAAUUAUUUUUUAAAAUAAAAGUGAUAUGGGUUGGAAGUUGGAGUAGUGGUCGCUCAACUGGCAGUGACCGGCUACCGCCACCACCACCACCUCCAGAAACAGAAAAAGACAAGACAGAAGGGAUGCCACACUCUCCCGCUUUUCUUUCAUAGAUCCUGAUCCCUCACUUUCUCUCCCUCAUAAUCACAUCACAACGCAACCACACAACACAACAAAAGUUAAAUCACCAUUUACCAUCGUGUAUAUCGGAAAACAAAAACCCUAAUUCCAAUCGAAUUGGGAUAAAAUCUAACAAAUUAGGGUUUUGUUUCAUCGGAAUGGAUCAAUGGUUCCUUGUAAUGCUCUCAAACCUCCUCCACCUCCACAACUCCCUCGACCCAACCACCGACACCCUCUCUUCCACUACCACCGCCUCCGCCUCCUCCACAUCCCUCCUCAACUCCUCCUCCAUCGCCCCACUCCUCCUCUUCACCAUGGCCUCCGUCCUCUCCUACGUCGCAUCAACACGCACUCCACCCUCACCCUCCACCCACCGCCGCAAAAAACGCCGUAACCCCAACGCUUCCGACUACUCCGUCUCUGCCUUCCGAGCACUCUCAACAGAACACAUUUGGUCCCUCGAAGCUCCCCUCCGUGACGCUCAAUGGCGUUCCCUCUACGGGCUUUCCUAUCCCGUCUUCACCACCGUCGUCGACAAACUCAAACCCCACAUCGCCGUCUCCAACCUCUCCCUCCCUUCCGAUUACGCCGUCGCUAUGGUCCUCUCUCGUCUCGCUCACGGUCUCUCCGCUAAAACCGUCGCUUCUCGUUACUCCCUUGAACCUUACCUUGUUUCUAAAAUCACCAACAUGGUCACGCGCCUCCUCGCCACUAAAUUGUACCCUGAAUUCAUCAAAAUCCCCGUCGGCCGCCGCCGUUUAAUAGAAACCACUCAAUCCUUCGAAGAACUCACCUCACUCCCCAACAUGUGUGGCGCCAUUGAUGCUAGCCCUGUUAAGCUCCGUUCUGCUCCCAGUUCAAACCCUGCCACAUAUAUUUCCCGUUACGGUUACCCUUCCGUUCUUCUUCAGGUAGUUUCCGAUCACAAGAAGAUUUUUUGGGAUGUUUGUGUUAAAGCACCUGGUGGAACUGACGAUGCUACCCAUUUUAGGGAUAGUCUUCUUUACCAGCGUCUUACUUCAGGGGAUGUUGUUUGGGACAAAGUUAUCAAUGUUCGUGGUCACCAUGUUCGUCCUUAUGUUGUUGGUGAUUGGUGUUACCCUUUGUUGCCGUACUUGCUUACGCCUUUUUCGCCGAGUGGGAUGGGUACUCCUGCCCAGAACCUGUUUGAUGGAAUGCUUAUGAAGGGAAGGUCUGUGGUUGUCGACGCUGUUGCUUUGCUUAAGGGAAGGUGGAAAAUUCUUCAGGAUUUGAAUGUGGGUCUUCAUCAUGUUCCUCAAACCAUUGUUGCUUGUUGUGUUUUGCACAAUUUGUGUCAAAUUGCUAGGGAACCUGAGCCUGAGCUGUGGAAGGAGCCUGAUGAGAGUGGACCUCAACCUAGGGUGCUUGAUAGUGAGAAGUCUUUGCAUUUCUGUGGGGAAAGCUUGAGGCAAGUUCUUGCUGAUGAUUUGCACCAAAAGCUUUCCACAAGAUAAUUACUUUGCUUUACUUUGCUGCCAUGUUGAUGGUGAAUCACCUCAUGAUGUAGGAUGCUUAUUGUGUAGAUUGCUUUUAACUCGUGUAGGUUACUUUGUUUUUCUUUUUAUAAAGAAGAAUGUUUUUGUUCUUGUAGGAUGCUUAUUGUGUACUUUUAUGUUGAAUGAUUUUAGUAACCAGAUGUAGGACUAGAUUACAGAAUUUGUGGAUGUGUUCAACUGUAAUGGCUCCUCGUCUUGUGGACUAGGAGAACUAGUAUACUAACAUUAGAUUUCAAUGACAUGUUUCGGACAAGUUUAACUUCACUAUAAUGGCAUAGCUUCAUCAUUUUGCCAUUCGGGUUCCUUUUA